AUGCUAUAUACAAAUGCAACAAUCAUCACAGUCGACCCUACCCGCCGCAUAAUAGCCGACGGAGCCAUCCGCGUGCAAGAUGACCGCAUCGCGGACCUCGGCAAGACCCACGACCUGCAAUCCAAAUACCCUGAUGACGAAACACUCGACCUUUCAGGACACAUUGUGAUUCCAGGCCUUAUCUCAACGCACGUGCACACGGCGCAGACCCUGCUGCGGGGUACAGCCGACGACCUCGAGCUGGUCUCCUGGCUAUGCCAGCGAAUUUGGGUGCUGCAGGGGAAUUUCACAGCGGAGGAUGGCUACGCCGCGGCGAGGCUGAGUAUCGCGGAGAUGCUCAGGUCGGGGACGACGUGUUUUUUGGAAGCGAUGUUUGCCGAUCGGUACGGCUUCGACGGCCUCGCCCGCGCGGUCGAGGAAAGUGGCAUUCGUGGCUGUCUUGGGAAGAUUGUCAUGGACAUCGGCCAGUACGCUGAAGACAACGCUUGGGCCAUGCAUCCUGGACUUAUCGAGGACCGCGAGAUGUCACUUGUGGGCACGCUGAACGCAUGGGAAAGGUGGAACGGAAAGGCCAAUGAUCGGAUUCGGGUGUGGUUUGGAGCGCGCACGCCGGGAGGUGUAUCGGAAUCCCUUUACAAAGAGAUGACCACACUGUCCCGCGAAAAGGGCAUCCCCAUCACAAUGCACUGCUGCGAAGUCAAAGCCGAUAGGGCGUAUUGUGCCUCCGUGGGGCACAGCCCCAUGUCAUUCUGCGAGUCCGUGGGGCUUCUGUCUCCGACGACCGUCCUGGUGCACGUGGUGCAUCUAGAUGACGACGACAUACGCCGACUCGCAGCGUCAGGAACGCACGUCGCGCACUGUCCCACCUCCAAUGCCAAACUCGCGUCAGGGACCUGCCGCGUGCCAGACCUGCAAAUGGCAGGGGUGAAUAUAGGGCUGGGCACCGACGGCGCUCCCUGCAACAACACUUGCGACUUACUCCAGGAGAUGAAGCUCGCUGGGAUCAUCCACAAGGGCGUCUCGGGCAAUCCGACGGUUGUGCCGGCCGAGGCGGUCAUGGAGAUGGCGACGAUCAACGGCGCGAAGGCGCUGGGGCUGGAUGAUAGUAUUGGGAGUAUUGAGGUGGGAAAGAAGGCGGAUUUUGUAGCGCUGGAUAUGCGACGCGCGCAUUCGCAGCCUUGGUUUAAUCCUGUUUCGGCGGUUGUUUAUACCGCGACGGGCCGGGAUGUGAGCUAUGUUGUUGUUGAUGGGAGGGUUCUGGUUAGAGAGGGGGAGCUGACGACGAUGGAUGAGGGCGAGAUUGUGAAGGAGGCGCAGAGGAGGAGUAGGGAGGUUGUUCAGAGGGCUGGGCUAGAAAAGGAGGUGAGCGCCAGAUGGAGGGUGGAAUAG